AUGUCUCAGCUCGCCCUCCCCGCCCAUCAAGAAAAUCUUGUCCUCAACGGCGACGGCGACGAUGAGAUAGAGUAUGAAGAGCUCGGACUAUUGCCUGCAGAUAUACCGCCUGUUCCCUCCUUUCGCGGCAUUCCAUUGAAAUAUAUAUCACUUGUAACAUUGGCGGUUCAAAACUCUCUUUUAACGAUAAUAAUGCACUAUUCUCGCGUUUCCAUUCCUCCAUCCCAGUCCUACUCUGCACCCACUGCCGUUCUUCUCAACGAGCUUCUCAAAGGGUCCAUAUCACUCGCUAUUGCUUUCACCCGUAUAAAUCGUUCCACGUCGGAUACGCCACAGCUACCACUUACUGUCAGCCGCUCCUGGCAUCCUGCAAAGGUUCUCUUGCGUAUCCGACGACUGGGCAGAGAAGUCUUCUCACCGGACUGCUGGAAGCUGUCAAUCCCCGCCAUCCUAUAUGUCAUUCAGAAUAAUCUGCAGUAUGUUGCCGCAACCAAUUUAGAAGCAGCAACGUUCCAAGUCAGUUAUCAAAUGAAAAUCCUUUCCACGGCGGCGUUUUCUGUGUUACUCCUGCGAAAACAGUUGAGUGCCAGUCAAUGGCUGGCACUGCUGUUCCUGGCUAUCGGAGUUGGCGUUGUGCAGAUACAGACUGGCGCAAGUGACACAAGCAAGGUUGCAUCCUCGUUGUUGUUCCGAGGGACCUCGAUGAAUGCCCUUAAGGGGUUCCUUGCGGUCGCUGCUGCAUGUUUCACAUCCGGCCUGGCAGGUGUCUAUUUCGAAAUGGUCCUCAAAAAUUCUCAGACCGAUCUCUGGAUCCGCAACGUCCAACUCUCUGCAUUCUCCCUCCUUCCUGCACUCGUUCCCAUCAUCCUCUCACGACCAUCCGAAACGGGACUCAUCAGUUCCUUGUUCGCGAACUUUGGCGUCUGGGCGUGGGCCACGGUUGCUAUCCAAGUGCUUGGCGGCCUGGUCACUGCCAUGGUCAUCAAGUAUUCUGACAACAUCCUCAAGGGUUUCGCCACAAGUUUGAGCAUCGUGAUUUCGUUCCUGGCGUCAGUCGCACUCUUUGACUUCCAGAUGACGUUUACGUUUAUCCUUGGCUCUGUCAUCGUCCUCAUCGCAACCUGGCUGUACAACCAGCCAGGGCGGAGCCCCAGCACAGCAAGGCUGGUGUACGUGGGCAAGAACUGA